GUGCCCUAAUGAAUGAAUGAAUGUGCUCGGCUGAUGGAUAAUUGAUGUGGACCCCAAUCGUGUCCCAUCCGGUGCUUCCAUGUGAGCACUUCCAUGUGCGCAGGGACGAAAGCCAAAGCCAGCAGCCUCGGGCUCGUCCAUCGUCAUCUUGGCAUCACCGAACCGCCAAUCCGCCCUCCCAGCCUCGAGUGCUGCGCUCGGGAGCCUGCACGGAUCAGUGCGCCCUGAGCUCGACUCUCUGGAAAUCGCCACCAGGAUAGCAUCAAUCCAUGAGCGGUGGCUGUCGUCUUUCGAGAUUGCACGUACCCCAUCCAGACAGCAACCACGACGUCAGACAUCCAUUCCAGCGGCACACCCAAUUCGCCGAAAUUUACGGAAGCUGCACGUGCACUAUCCAAGCCCAAGCAGUUGCAGCCGCCAGCUGGGCGCCAGCCUCUGCCAGUCGUCGUCAGGCGGUACCGGGGGAGAUACCUUCCUUUGUCCAUCACACCCACAUGCACCUUCCUGCACCGCACUGGUAGCGUAGCGUAGCGCUGCAGACAAUCAAAUCACCCACAAUCAUCCGGCGCCAGGACCAGGGCAGGCCAACUUGAGUCCAUUGAUCGACAGACACCCCUACCCAAGCACCCAAAGCACCCAAAGACACCAAGCACACCCAAGCACACCCAAGCCACAAUCGCACAGCGUCGCGCACAGCACCUGCCCCCCUAUAACUCGCCGUCGCCCGCCUCUUUGUGCUCUGUCCGACGCCCAACAUCUGCCCACGUUUCAUCCCCAAGCCAUUUCUCGAUCCACCCUCGAACCACGACCAUCCCGCAACUGGGACCACUUCCUGCCAUCUGCCGUGCCCACAAAGAUCACAAGCCCACACGCCCACAACGCCCACCAGCCCACCGCACGUACAUACAGCCGGCUUGCCGCCAUCGCCAUCUCUAUAAGACGCCGCAGCCCGCCUGCCCAUUCGUCCACCAUGUCUGCUGACGACCAGACCAACAACCACUCCCACCACAGCUCCACCAGCUAUAACAACAACAACAACACCAACACCACUGUCGCCGGCGACCCCAACAAUCCCAACGACAUGUCUCGCAACCGCCGCCCCUCCGUCACCUCGGCCGCCUUCACCAACCUGUUCCAGCGGAGCAGCUCUGUCGCCUCGGGCACUCCCACCAUGCCUGGCCCCAUCGCCACCGCCAUGGACCAGCGCAGGAGGCUAUCCGUCUCUACUGUCGGCCUUUCGGGAACCUCUCCCACCGGCAUCCCCACGCCUUUCAGCCUCCGUCGCGGCAGCCUGUCCACCAACGGCUCCGACUCGAUCGACGAGAGCGCCAUUGACGAGGACGACGCCGGCUUUGGCUCCCGCACCACCCCCACCACUCCCUUCACCCGCCGCAUGAGCUUUGGAGCCCAGGCCAUGCGCAACAUACGACCAGGACGGGGAAACAGCCCCGGAGCAAACGAGCAAGGCUUCAAUUGGUCAGAGCAGCUUAGGUCUCGCGCCGAGAGCACCGUCGCCGCCGGCUCGCGGCCCAGCUUCUCCUUUGGCUCUACCGGCACUUCGCCCCCGCGUGCUGGUGCCUCUGCCUUUCCCGCCUCUCAACACGACCGAUCCAAGUCAAUCUCGGAUCUGCCCGCCCCUCCGGCCCACACCCCGCCCGCGAGGGCCGAGAGGCCCAAGCCCGAUGCCUUCCAGGAGCGUAUCCUCAAGGGCGACUUCUACAUGGACUGAUUGCCCCACUGGGCAACCGAUGGAGCUUCCCGGCCAGUCAUACCGGGCUCCUCGCCACACUUCGCCGAUUCAAGAGCAAGACGCUUCCUUCCUGUCCAGACAGAGAUCCUAUGAUCCAUUUGGCCGCUUGCUCACUUCAACCUCCAUAAUACCAUCCUACCCGCCUUGCCAAUCAUCAUCAAUUCAGGCCUCGGCCUAACAGCAUACCGCCGCGUUGCCCUCCAGUCAUGGCCAAGACGAAAACAAAGUCCGGACGGCCAUCUUCUACUGCAGCGAUGGCUCGCACAGUUGCUCCCAGUUGCUCCCGUGUCAACAGCCUCAACAUCGCUCAACAAGCAUUCUUGUUCAUGGACAAGACUGGUCCGCCACGAUACCUCGAGCAAUCUCUCUCUGAUCACACCAUUCGCGUCAAUUUCCAACCACUUCUGAAGACAGUUGCCCUGUGAUUACUAUUGGGACAUCCCCAUCGCUCCCUUUUGGGGUGAGAAAGAUGAGCGAUUUGAAAAAGAAAAAAAGGGAGCAAAAAAAAGCAACUCCGAAGUCAAGAAAAAAAGGAGAGGGGCUUCUCAAUCAGCUCUAGGAUCAGGGCUACAAUGAGGAGUUCAUGGCGCAUAAAUUGGGAGGCACAAGGUUUUGGACCAAACAAGCGGUCCCUUUCAUGACAAACAAGCAGCCGGCGUUCUCCAGAGGGAACAGGUCAUGUACGAACAGGGUUUGCAAGAUUUCCCCAGGGUUCCCUUUCCUCAGCACCAUCACUUGGGCUGUUUUUUUUUUACCGUCUUUCUCUCGGUUUCUUUCUUUGUUGAGGUGGGCAACACCCGGGAGAGACAUGAAACGCUAGCUGCGAAACAAAGUUUGCCAACGACGAGGGGUUCGGGCACAGCGACUUGGUCGUGUGCUCGGUCAGCCGUCAGUUUCCUUUGCUUGCAGGAUUCAAGCGGGUUCCCGACGAGGGAGAGGGAACAAGGGAUGUUUGAACAAGGGGCCACGGUUAGUCGGCACACUGGAGACUGCUCGCUUCUCCCGUGGUCUCUUUCUUCGCUUUGCUGUUUAUAUUGACGAGAAUGACACGAAUAUAUGGAACAAAUAUGCAUAUCAUCACACAUUUCUGGGGAUAUUGUGCGACGUCUUUUUCCAGCACAAAAGCCUUCUUGUCUCUGGUCGUAUCCCAUAUCUGUGGUUCAACGCUGGCUCGGCAGCCUUGCCCAGGAUGCGUCCGAAGAGGGCAGGUAGGCUGAGCUAUACGCACAUACAAAUGGGCAACUCGUAUGGAAAACGUAUUUCGGGAGGUAGGUAGUAGCUGCCGCCUAGUAUUGUGUCUGAUUGUUCGGCAGCCAGCACGAGGUUUGCAGCACAUGCAGGUCCGGGACAAGAAUAAGAUCAACCGCAAAUGGGUCGAUUUUGUGACAUUAAUUUACCAUCCAUCAUGCACACAUUCUAUAGAAUCCUCCAACUGCCGACAACAGAAAUCAAAUGAAAACACCACAAUUCAUGACAAG